AUGGGUGGUUGUAUGAGCAAGGAUCCAGUCUCUCGAUCGGCCGACGUCGACGUCUUCAAUGACACGAGCACCAACACCGACCAAGAAGACGGCAAGUUCUGUUUGGAUGACGAAUAUUCGUUCAAUGAACUGAUCGAAAAGGUUUUCAAGAUCGAGCGCGACUGUAUCGUGGACGAUGAUGCUGGCGCCGUUUGUGGCAGAAUCAAUUCCGUCUACGAGACCACCACUUUUAUGGGAGACAAAAUCAUUGUCGUCCAGUGCAUGACCAUCCGAUCGAACGGCAAGGUAUUUUUCCGAUCAUCAAUGAGCUCGUACGUGCGAGAGUAUCCUGGUAAAGCAAAGCUCUCGGAGCUCAGCAUCCGCCCUGUUCUUUUGGGCGAGAAAGAAAAACUGGCCGAUCGUGGGAGAAAGUUCGCCAAGUGUGGACUCGGUGCUCACUACAUGAUGUACACUGACAAGAUGAUUGUACGCACCUGUUUUGGAUCCCAACAAAUCUCGGCGGAGGGCCGCGUGAUGGUGGAUACCGCUUCCUUUUUGCACUUCAAUCCGGACUAUGGCGAUCGUCAUGCUCGUCGUUAUGGCUGCGGUGAUGAGAUGGAUGUGUGCGGGCAUGGAGGAGGCAGUGGCAGCGAAAAGAUGUUCUCUACUGAAAUCCCCGAAGGCAGCUUACACUUGUGUUGGCCGACGUUGAGUGGCUUCAGUUUGAAGUCCAAGAGGUGGGGUGAACUUUCCUUGAAGCACUUGGAGGAAAUCAAGUUCAACGAAGACGCUUUCGAUAUGCUGGUCCUUGCAAACGAGUCCAAAGAAAUGGUCCGCGGCUUUGUAAAGAACAUUCACAAGGACGAACAGUUUACGGAUAUCAUCCAAGGAAAGGGAGGAGGAUGCAGCUUUCUAUUGCAGGGACCUCCAGGUGUGGGCAAGACGCUCACGGCUGAGGCCGUCUCGGAGUGUUUGCAUCGUCCUCUUUACUGCAUUGAUGUCGGCGAGCUUGGCGUCACCCCUGAAGCCCUGGAACAGCGACUCAAGAAGAUUCUGGAAGUCGCCGAGCGUUGGGAUGCUGUGGUUCUCAUUGACGAGUGCGAUAUCUUUUUGGCCAGUCGAACCAAAGACGACGUCCUCCGCAAUGCUAUGGUCGGGAUCUUCCUUCGGCUCCUCGAGUAUUACAAUGGUAUCCUCUUUUUGACCAGCAAUCGCGCCGAGGAUAUGGAUGAAGCCUUCCAAAGCCGCAUCAGCGUCACGAUCGAGUACGGUGCCUUGGACGCGCCCACCAGAAAGCAGAUUUGGUCCAACCUCCUGGGCGCUGCGGGCACCAAACACAGCGAUGGUCUUGUGGAUCUGGAUCGUUUGGCGGACUACGACUUGAAUGGUCGACAAAUCAAGACGGCCAUUCGUCUGGCCAAAUCGUUGGCCAGCACCGCAAACGAACCGAUGAGCGAUAAGCAUGUGAUCCAGACCAUCCAGUAUUCUCAUGGAGGCAAAGACCAGAAGGAAGGUUGA